GGAGUGUGAAAUCAUUGUUUUGACGUCAGGUCCUGCAUCUAGGGACACUCACAGUACCUUCACAUGGCAUUCAGUCCAGCCAGAGAGAAGAAACAGGACUAGACAAGAUGUCCGGAGAAAUCUUUUCCCCUUUGGAUAGUCUCUAUGACCUGGACAGUGCCAACAGCCAUCCUCUAGUGUGCCACUUAUGCCAAGAACAGUAUGAGCAUCCAUGCCUACUGGACUGUUAUCAUACUUUCUGUGCCAGCUGCCUGCGUGGUAGAGCAGUGGAUGGCAGACUGACUUGCCCCGUCUGUGGACAUCAGUCCAUUGUGAAAGGGAUAAAUGCUCUUCCUCCCGAGGAUCGACUCCUGAAGUUCUUGGUGGACAGUUCAGCAGACAGUGAAGAAACCAUACAGUGUGCAAACUGUGAUUUGGAGUGCAACAAACAGGAUGUGGAUGCAAUGUAUUAUUGCAACACUUGUUGCCAGCCACUGUGUCGAGACUGCAGGGAAAGUACCCAUAAGGCCAAGAUGUUCUCCCGCCAUGAGAUCGUCUCCUUGGCAAAACGCACCAAAGAAGCCCACAAAAAGUGUGCCCUCCAUGAGGAACUCUACAUCAUGUUUUCAACAGAGAAAAAAUCCAUGCUCUGCAUCAAUUGCUUCAGAGACAUGCAAGUGGAGAGCAGAGCACACUGCAUUGAUAUUGAGACAGCAUAUAUACAAGGCUGUGAAAAACUGGACCAAGCCGUCUUAGCUGUUAAGGAGCUUCAGACAUCUGCACGAGAAGCCAUUAUUCUACUCAAAGCCAUGAUUGGAGAGGUCAGGGCCAAUGUGGAUGAGGAGGAGAGCGCCAUCUGUACUUUGUUCAAUAACAUGCAGGAAAAACUGGCAGAGAGAAAAAAGGUCCUGCUGAAGGCAGCACAAAGUCAGCAUGAGGAGAAGGAGAGAGCAUUUAAAGAGCAGUUAUCUCAUCUUGCGGCACUCCUGCCAACUCUUCAGUUUCAUCUGGUCACGUGUUCAGCUUUCCUGAGCUCAGCAAACAAAUUUGAGUUCUUGGACAUGGGAUAUCAACUAAUGGAGAGACUAAAGAAGAUUGUGAAACUUCCACACAGACUGAGACCAGCACAGAGCAGUAAGAUAAACACAGAGUAUCGGCCUGAGUUCGCCCGCUGUCUGGAACCUCUCUUGCUACUUGGCCAACGGCGGUCAUUGUCUACAACAGGGAGUGUGUCAUUAGGGCUAGGAAAUGCCAGUGGGCUGAUGCAAUCAUCUCUGUCUGUGCAGUGUCACUCUCCAGCCAUGAGUGACAUGUCUCUGUGCUCCUCUGUAGUGCGCAAGCCGACCUCACAUCGUUACAUCAGCACUAAGGUUCUACUGUCGGAAGGUGAAGAGACGCCCUUUAUGGAGCAUUGCCGCAAUUAUGAGAACAGCUACAGGACUUUGCAGACAGAGAUCCAGAGGCUCAAAGACCAUGUGCAGGAGAUUCACAGAGACCUGACCAGACACCAUUCCCUCAUAAAAACUGACACCAUGGGAGAGAUUCUGGAGAGGUCUCUGCAGGUGGAUGGACAGAUCUCCACAGAAUACUCCUCAGUGGAGCUAAUGAGAGCCAUAUUUGAGGAGAUCUGGGAAGAGACAUUACAGAGGGUUGCAAAUGAACAGGAGAUUUAUGAAGCACAGCUACAUGAUCUUCUUCAGUUAAAGCGGGAGAACUCCUAUUUGACCACCAUUGCACGACAAAUAGGCCCCUACAUUCGGUCUAUAGCAAAAGUGAAAGAACGCUUGGAGCCCAGGCUGAAAGAGCCCAAAGAGCUGAAAGAUGAUCGCACUGAAAUAAUGCUGAAGCUCUAUGAAGACAGCACCUCCACUGCUGACACACAGCCCAGUAAUGAGCUGUCUUGUAACACUGAAGACAACUGGACACUAAACAGCCUAUCGGAAGAGACCAAUCCCAAAAACAAGGAUUACUACAGGCCAAGCAAGCAGAAGAAUGCCAGUGAUUCAUCCAAUCGUAAAGAGAUAUCAAUGUGAAACCA